AGCGUUCGGAGGCGAGCGGAAGUUGAUUUGUGCUUUUUAGGGUUAGGGUUCAAGGAUAUAGGGUCUUAGUUAGCAUCCAUCGGUGUUACUGGAGCACUGCGAAGGGGUAUCGUCGUCGUCGUCGUCGUCGUCGUGAUUCUCAACAACUCUAUGUCCGGCAUCUCGCAGUUUAGCUGCGCAUUGCAGUUCGCUUUGGAGGUUUAGGGUAGAAACACCGUGUGGAACCGAGGCUGUUCCACUUUGCUGUUGUGCAGAUUCUGCGUGUUGCGAGGAGGUAGCCAGAGGGGGGUGCGAUGUCGAUUCGGCCAGAAAGGCAAGCGCCGCCCGAGAUUUUCUACAACGACACAGAAGCUAGGAAGUAUACGACCUCGUCGCGAAUUGUAAAUAUUCAGGCCAAGCUGUCGGAGCGAGCGCUGGAGCUUCUGGCGCUUCCUGACGAUGGCGUGUCACGUCUGCUUCUGGACAUCGGGUGCGGGUCUGGUCUGAGCGGAGAGACUUUGAGUGAGAAUGGGCAUCACUGGAUCGGAAUGGAUAUAUCGGAGGCUAUGCUGGAUGUUGCGUUGGAGCGUGAGACGGAGGGAGAUCUUUUGCUGAGUGAUAUUGGCCAGGGUAUGCCUUUCCGGCCUGGCACUUUGGACGGGGCUAUCAGUAUCUCCGCCGUGCAGUGGCUUUGUAACGCUGAUAAGUCGUGCAACAAUCCGCGGUUACGGCUGAAAGCUUUCUUUGGCACCUUAUAUAAGUGUUUGGCGAGAGGAGCCAGGGCAGUUUUGCAAAUUUACCCGGAGAGUCCGCAGCAGUUGGAGAUGAUCUCAUCUGCAGCAAUGAAAUCAGGGUUUUCGGGCGGUUUAGUUGUAGAUUAUCCUCACAGUACCCGAGCAAAGAAAUACUUUCUUGUUCUCAGUUGUGGCCCACCUAGUACGGCCACCGCGCUCCCCAGGGCCAAAGAGGGCAAUGAGAUGAGUGAGGAUGAAGAGAGUGGCAGCGAGUGUGAUGAAGAUGGAGGCACUACUGUGAAUGUAUCUGAGAGACAACGACCUUCUAAGAAACAGAGGAAGGAUAGCAAGAAGAGUGGAAAGGGUCGUUCUUGGAUUUUAAAGAAGAAAGAGCAACGUAGGCAUAGAGGGUACACGAAUGUCCCAGAUGAUUCCAAAUAUACAGGCCGAAAAAGGAAAGCUCAUUUCUGAGGUUACCCUAAUGAAUACUGAACUAUGACAAGUGUUCGUCCUUGGUGUCUAUGCGAAGGUAAUAAAUGUAAAGAAUUUUGAGUGUCAUCACAUUAGCUCACCAAGUUACUUGGGAAUGUUGGUAACUAAUUGGUGUGUGAUUUUUGUUGCAAGUGAUUGUAGUGAUUAACACCUAGGAUAUGUUCUCUAUUAAUAGUUUAUAAAUUACAAGUUUUGUGGUUUAUUGAAA